UCCGUCGGUGGGAGACUAAUCACGUGAUCAGUCAGAUAAAACUCGUCGGAAUGGUAUGAACUUAUGGCGGACAGUUGAGACGCGGGUGUGGACUGUUGAAGCGAUUCGCUUCCUCCCUGCCACAGUUUUCUCCAUCUGGUAAUGCUAUUGAACGAGAAAGCACUAAUUUGACCAUUUUGAGUUUAUAAAUUGGCUCAGAGCUUUUGAGGUGAUGGCGCGAAUGAAGUCAAGGCCCCAACGCACAACGAAAAGGAAAUCGCAAGAGCGCGGCGUUCGAGAAGGUUUACGAGCAGGGCGGAAAAGUCCGACUGCUAGUAAGCGUGUGAGACUGCAUAGCCCGGAAGAACAGCCAUCGACUUCUUCGAAGAAAGGAAAGAAGAAGAAAGGCAGGCCUUCUCAGAUACAAAAGAAAGAUGCACAUCUCCCCCCUGAAUUACGCAGUGCAGGACUUUUGGCCCACAUGCAUAUUCCAAAGGGAAAGUACUUUGGACCAUUUAAUGGAAAAAUCAUGGACAGAAGAAAGUCUCCAGACAAAAUGCACUUUUUUGUAUCACAGGUAAGUGUGUAUAACUGUAGAAUUCAAAUAGAAAUAUCAUUUGCAGGGCUGCAGUCAAGAAAAUACUCUCAUGGGUAAGAUUUUCAUUGAGCCGGUCACCAUUUUUCGCGAGAGACCUGAUCCAAUCUUUCACAAUGCUUUGAAUGCGGGGCUACCAAGUUUUCCUUUACAAGAUGGCAGAUGCAGUACAUUGAAAGAAAGCAUGCUAAACAAGUGCUCAAAGCAAGAUUUUAUUUAAAUUACUUUACUCAUUAUAGUG